UGUUGCCAAAAAAAAAAAAAAGAGAGAGAGAAAAUCGAUUAUUUUACGCCUAAUGAUUAAUUUGCAAACCAGUAAACGUACAGAUCAAAUAGGAAGAUGAUGGAGAAUGACGAAAGGGUUCCAGAUGUUCACAAAGAAAAGAAAGAGAUGAGUCUUCAGGAAAAAAUCGACUACUUUGAUAGAGAAAUUCGUCUGCUUCAUCAGUUUUGCAUCAAUUCCGGAUACAACAAGCAGGAAAUUCGACAGUCAGCGAAGCCUUUCCUUCUUGCCACUGACCCUUUGGCGUGGCAGAAGACGAAAAGGAAGCUAAUACUUCUUGGUGUCAUUAUAGCCGCUUUUGCUGCGUUGUAUUAUUGUGAUCCAGCUUACAAGUUUGUUUUGGCUGUCAGCAGAAUCACGGCUAUAAAGCUGAUUCCUGUGUGGGAUUGGACCAAGAUUCACCAGUGGGAGUGUAUGGUUGACAACCCCCUGUAUGCUGGAGUUACACUUACAGAAGAAGACUGUGAUAUUUGUAAAGAUCUCUUGUCUGUGGAAAGAGUCACAAAUUUAAGUGUGAAGGAUUUCCAUGACAACUAUCUAAAGCCGGAGCUUCCCGUAAUUGUAGAGGAUGGGAUGAAGGACUGGCCAAAAGAGAAGCUACAAACAGACAUCCACACUCUCUACAAGGCUUACAAAGAGAAUAAAGCCCUUCAAAGGAACCCAGUCUGUGGAUUCCACACAGAUACAAAAUACAGCAACUUCCAGGUGUUUCUACAUCAAAUUGUUAACUCAGAUACACAGUCCUACACAGCAGACUGGGAAAACUGCUUAAAAGAAGGGGCUAAAGCCUUCCGAAGCUUCUAUCAGAGACCUUACUUCCUGCCUCAGACAGUAGAGAUAUCUGAUACUAAUUGGGUAUUUGUCUCGAAAGGAUCAGUAGAACACCAUUACGAUGUUCCACUUUCUAAUCCAUUCCUGAUGUUAAUACCCUUGAAGGGUCAGUUUGAGAUAGCACUUUCUCCAAGAGAACCUUGCUCCAAAGCUUGUGUGGAUGUUUCUGCGGACUUGCAUGAAGGAAAAAUAAUGAUAGUAAACAUGGCUGACUUGCUGUGGUUUAAAUCUUACCGACCCACUGGGUCAGGAGAAAAUAUUCUGAUAGGGGUUGGUGGAUCGUAUGAAUGAUGUUCAACUAAGAGUCAAUACAACAUACGCAAGGAGAUCUUUUGAAAUCAUGAACCAUUGAAUCAAAAUAAAACAGAAUAGAUUUG